AUGGAUCUGCCCGUGGAUGAGUGGAAAUCAUACAUACUUCAGAAGUGGUCUUUGCUCCCCAAGUCCAUUCAGGUCACCAUUUCUACAGCAAAGACUUUGAACGAUCUCUUUCUUCACUCAUCUCCGCUUCUUCAACCUGAGGAUGAGAUGUUUUUAAAAAGGCUUUCUGGAGGUUACCUUGUUGGAAAGGACCCCGACGCUUCCCUUUUCUACAGAGAAAAAGGAAACAAAAAAUUUCGGGAGAAGGAUUAUAUGGGAGCCACAGUGCUGUACUCUAAGGCAGUGUCGCAUUCGGGGCCCAGCUCUACGGACAUGUCACUGUGUUAUGCCAAUCGCUCCGCAGCCCUCUUCCACCUGGGUCAGUAUGAAACAUGCCUUAAAGACAUCGUCAGAGCACAGACGCAUGGGUAUCCAGAAAGAUUGCAACCCAAGCUGCUGUUGCGUAAGGCAGAGUGUCUGGUGACCCUGGGGAGACCACAGGAGGCAAGCCAGACCAUCAGUGAUCUUGAAAGUAACUUUGCUGCCAAGGCAACCCUCUCAGCUUCCCAAUUUCAGAUUCUGCAGAGAACCCUCUGUCGUGUGAAAGUGAAGGUACAAGAAAAGGAGAAUCUCCCAGAAAUCUUCCCAGAGGCUCUAACCAAAACCUUUGAGGGUGUGGACCUAAGGGAAGAGAAUGAACAAAUUCCCAGUGCCUCGUCCUCUGUCAGCUUACAUAUAGACCCUUUAAAAGGCCGCUAUCUGGUUGCCACAAAAGAUAUCCUCCCAGGAGAGCUUCUGGUGAAAGAGGAUGCUUUUGUGAGUGUCCUUAACCCAGGAGAAAUGCCACCGCGACGUCAUGGCCUGGAGAGCAAGUGGGACAUCCAAGUGACCAACGGGGACCUUCACUGCCACCGAUGUCUGAGGCGCACUCUGGCCCCGGUUCCCUGUGAUGGCUGCAGCUAUGCCAAGUAUUGCAGCCAGGCGUGUAUGCAGCAGGCCUGGGAUCGCUACCAUAGUGUGGAGUGUUCUCUGGGGGCUCUGCUGCUCACACUGGGCGUGUUUUGUCAUGUUGCCCUGAGGUCGACUCUCUUAGCUAGGUUUGAGGAUGUUGACAAAGUCAUAAAGAAACUCUGUGGUGAGAUGAGUAACCAGGGCAUCUGCUUACCUGAAAGCAGGGAUCCAGCACAGAUACUCAAAUAUGACCUGAGAGGAGAGGGAGAAAAAAAGGAUAAAGCAGUUGAGACCCCAAUUCCUGGAUGUGAUAUUAAUGGGAAAUAUGAAAGGAAUUAUAAUGCCGUCUUCCACCUUUUACCCCAUACUGAAAACCAUAGCCCUGAGCACAAAUUCCUCUGUGCUGUAAGUGUUUCUGCACUGUGCAGGCAGCUCGAAGCAGCCAGUUUGCAGGCCUUCACAACAGAUCUGCAACCAACUAAGCUGAAAGCUGCAGAGACUCCUGUGUUGUGUGCAGAGCUGAACGUUUGGGGAGUGGCCAUGCUGAGACACAUGUUACAGCUGCAGUGUAAUGCUCAGGCAAUAACGACCAUCCAGCAAACAGGAUCUAAAGAGAACCUCAUUACCGACACCCAGCAGGUGCGCCUUGCCACAGCCCUCUUCCCUGUCGUCAGCCUCCUGAACCAUUCCUGCAGCCCCAACACCAGCAUGUCCUUCUUUGGCACCAUCGCCACCAUUCGGGCAUCACAGCUGAUUAGAAGAGGGCAGGAGAUCUUCCACUGCUACGGACCACACGAGAGCAGGAUGGGCGUUGCUGAGAGGCGCCAGAAGCUGAGGUCUCAGUAUUUCUUUGACUGCAACUGUCCACCUUGUGAACGUGAGAGGCAGAAACCCUCGGCGGGGCCUGGUCGGGAAGCCUUUCGUUGUCACCGUUGCAGAGCGCUCCUGCAGGGAGAUGAUGUUCUGAGCUGUGGCGGCCCAGCUUGUACGGAAUCACUUGGCAGAGGCCUCCUGGUCUCCCGGCUUCAGGACCUUCAGCGGCAGGUGGGGGCGGCCCAGAAGCGUCUCAGAAAUGGCAGACUAGAGCUCGCCAUUCAGCUGUUGCUGGGGUGUCAGAGUGAUGCCGAGAGCUUCCUGUCUGCAGACCACAGCAUGGUGGGAGAAAUCGAGGACACCUUGGCCCAGGCCUAUGCUGCCUUAGGGGACUGGGAGAAGUCAGCGACCCACCUUCAGGAGAGUCUCCGAGUGGUGGAAGUCCACCACGGGCCAUCAAGUGUGGAGAUGGGCCAUGAGCUCUUCAAACUGGCCCAGGUCUUCUUCAAUGGGUGUGCAAUACCCGAAGCUCUGAACACAAUACAGAAGGCAGAGAAGGUCCUGUUGGUACAUUAUGGCCCUUGGAAUGACGAGAUCCGGGAGCUACAAAAGAUGAAAUCCUGUUUGUUGGACUUGCUGUCCAUCCCUGGGGGACCUAAGGAAUAG